AUGGCAAAAGUGGAAGUGCAAAUCCGUCGGUGCUUCUGUUGCGGUCUGUCCGUCGCCACGUCGGCCAUCGGGAUAUACACUCUGGUAAGCUUCUUCUUUUUCUUCCAAAACUGGAUGAGAAGCCCAAUAAAAAUGAAACGAAUGUAACAUUACACACUCCCCCCCUCCCCCUUUCCCAUUGCAUGCGGCUUCGACGGAGACUACUGUUUUUGAUUGAUGGCAUUGAUUCGGCGGGCCAACUGAUAAUUGAAUGUGGUGGCCUAACUUUCUCAUACUCUUCCAGAUCCUCUACCUUCUCCUGUCCGGUCUUGCUGGUUGGGGACUCUCGGACACGACGGCAAACGGCGACUCCUCUCACUACAACUCUUGCGAACUUGAGGCUCAGGGAAAGAUCAAUGCAGGUACGGUUGUGUGGUACCGCCGUAAACCCCAAAAAAUCCAAAUGAAAUCCGUGUUCAGAGAACCGCAAACUGACGUUCACCGGCGGAAGAACUGUCGUCGUCGUCGAGGAUUCCACCUCCUAUCACUGCUCCCUGGGACUGUACACGGAAGAGUUGAAGUACUCGGCCUCAAGUACGUCCCUACCGUACCGUCCCUCCCCUGCCUACCGUACCCUUUCCAGACCGCUACGUGUCCUUGGUCAUCGACAUCAUUCUCUACGUCUCUCUUGUUUUGGCCUCUGUCAUUCUGCUCGUCGGCCUCUGCUCCUACAACCAAUGGCUGCUGCUUCCGUGGGCAUUCCUGAUGAUCAUCGACAUCGUCCGCGGCUUCAUCUCCGUCUUCUUCAUCUUCUGGUAUUCGUAUGGUAAUCUCGCGAGAAUCGCCACCGGAAUUUUCUUCCUCGGCCUUCAGUUCCUCCACGUGAGCCCUUCUAAAUGCUUGAUUCUCUGAAACCAUUUCUGAUUUACAGAUCUCGUUGUGGAUGAUCAUUGCCGCCAAGUUCCAGAGAAUCUACAAUAGAAGAAACGGAAUUCCAGACAAAGUGGUCAGUAGUUGUACAGUAAUCCUUUAAAAAUCUUCGUGUGUUUCAGUACGACGUGCGUGCCGGAGGCUCCCGUGCCCCAUCGACCUAUUACGGAGAGACCCACGCGGUCGCCCCGCCCCCUCAUCGUGGCGAUUACUAUCCAGAGCAGCACCGUCCGCAGCAGUACCACUACGAUCAGCAGCCGCCUUAUAGAUAUUAG